GCAUGGCGCGGGUUGUGUGUUGGUUCGUCUCCCUGCGCUGUGGGAUCAGGAGGUAACAGCGGUGUCACCGCAGGACUGCAGCCGACAAACAGUGUCACAUUGACCGUUGCAAAGACACGCGUCGGUCUGGUCGAGAAGCCGACUCAAUGGACAACCACCCGGCUCGGAGGGGCGCAGCGCGUCCGCCGAGGAGGGUGUCUGCUGCCGCGGAGGUGGGAGCUAACGCUAGCCUGCAAGAUGGCGAGGUAAUCGAGGUACACCCAGCCAAGGAGGCUCAAUCUGGACCGGAGAGACCGAGCGGUGCUGGCGGGAGGAUGCAGAGGAGGAACUCGGCUCCGCAAGUGCUCCAUCAGAGGCAUAUGCCCAGGGAGCCCCUCAAGUUCCACAUACCGAGGAAAACCAAGGAAAAGAGAGCUCUGGAGCAGUAUGUCUCCACUGAGUCCAGGGAGUAUGAAGACAUGAUGACCAUCCUGACCUCCAGCUACAUGGACACGAGCUCUGCUGGCUGCUUCACCUACUGCAAACCUCGGCUCAUCUACAGUGAACUGCUGGAGAAAGAGUUUGUGGAGAAGAGGAAGGAGAUGAAGGCAGACGGGAGGACAGACAAGGAGCUGGAGGAGAGCUACUGUUUCCUGUUGGCUGAUACUGCAAAGCUGCACUCACUCUGUGAGAAGGGGCUGUUCGUGGGUCAGACCUGGAUCACAGUGCUGGGAAACCCCACUAAAGGAGUGUAUCUGUCCAGGUACUCAGACCUGCUUCAGAAUAACCCCAUAACUCCUGGAUUCACAGGGGAGAUCAUCAUCUUCAAAGUGAUGAAGGGAAAAGUAAAGAGUAUCUAUGAAAACAUGAAGAACCUUUUAGAUCCAACGCCUCGCUUUGACAGCCACAUCUCUAAGAACUCCAGUAAAGUCACAUCGCUCACCUCCUUCCGCGCCUUCGAACUCACGCAGCAAUACUUCUACGAGUAUUCAUUCGACGAGCUGCGGGAGCGGCCUCGCCAGGUUUGCCCAUAUGCUGUUGUCUCCUUCCACUUUAAAGGAAAAGACUCCUCACUCCCCAGCAAACCUCUGGCCCCCAUCAGGUUGAACAGCCAAUCAGCAGAGGGGAGUAAAGAGCGUGCUCAGUUCACAGUGUGGACCGGAGAUUUGGUGAAAGGUGACCGGGUUCUCUUCCAGAUCUCCCUUCGCUCCUUCUCUCCUCCACUCCUGCCCCACAGACUACCAGAGAAGCUGGAAAUCGGUUGGUUGAUGAGGCUCGACCAGGUGACGAAGCUCCUGCCUGCCGACCUGCUCUCUUACAACCUCUACAGCAGCAGCCAGGAAGUUGUGAAGGACGGCCAUUGCUGCAGUCUUCUGGAGGUGACUGACAGAAAUCGGUCUUCGACCAGCGUGACGAGACUGCUGCAUGAGAUGGAGAUAAAGAGAGUGGUUCUGGUGACUCCGCUUACAGACAGAGGCUUCCUCAUCCUGAUAUCCAGCGUUCAGAUGGCCACACCCACAGAGAGAGGAGAGAGCUGGAAGAGGUGUCUUCAGGCCUUGUUUGUCUUCCCAGAGUCCAAAGAUCUGGCCAAAUCCACAUCAAGGUGUGCCUCCUCGUCCCAUGAUGCCCCAGAGGGGAUGUCUGGUAACAUGGUGAUGCUGAACAAGUUCACGCCAGCGUUGCACCACGCCCUAGUCAAGGCUCGCGCCAACCCUCCUCCUGAGCUGUCUGUCGGUGUGGAGCACCAUGCACGGGAAUACCUCACCGGACUGAAUAGUGGCAAUGUCCGACAGUACCCGAUGGGCGAGUAUGAAUCCAAGCUGGAUGAGGAAGGAAAGCCGUUUCCUGCUCCUAAACACCACCGGUUGAACAUGGACAGCUAUCUGCACUCCUACCUGUACAGCCCUGCCCUCUAUCUGCUGUCAAUGGCCCGGGCCAAGCAGAUGGUGGACGAGCACUCUGGUCCUGAGGACCCUCGGCAGGCAAGACUCAGGAAGAACUGUGGAGACCAGAGAGAGGCGACGGGAAAGGAGGCGACCAGCAAAGCUGGAGACGGACAGACCAACAAUCAAAAGAUGCAGCAGCUGAUUGACCUGGUCUUGACCUGUAAGAGGAAUGCAGAGAACGAGGUGCGGAGGGAGGAAGGAGGAGGAGGGAUGAAGGUACCAGGGAGGAAAAGGAAACUGGAACAGGAGACGGCAGAGAGGGCACUUAAGUUCCUGAAGGCAUCACAAGAACCCGGAAGACACAGCAAGAUUCCAGCUGGGGGAAGUCAAGUCCCCGCCUCUCCUGGCUCUCUUGCGUCUGUGAUUGGCUCGGUGGGUUUGAAGGACGUUGAUCUGAGGGAAGAUGGAUCUGAAUUAGCUGCUAAGCUUCUGGGUCUGCUAACAGCUCUGACCCAGGCUGCCCGGGGAACAGCCAAUCAGAGCCAGUUUGAAGUGCAGGAGGAGGUGCACAGGGAUAGCUCUCCAUUUGAUAGGUUGGCCACCAAGCUGGGUCUUCCCACCAACGUCGACAUUGACCUGAGGAAGCAGGAGGAGCUGGAGGAGCAGACGGCGGGCAGCGUCAGCAGUUUGGAGGGUUUCAGUCCCAGCUCCCACAGCGGGGAGAUGAAUCACCAUGGAGGUAGAGGAGGGGGGCUGGGGAGGAGAGCAUACGAAGAGGAGGAGGAGGAAGAGGGGGAGAUCCCGUGGGUCCUCAUUCCCAUUACAGGUCUGUGUUCACCGAGGUACACCCACAGAGACAGAAACAUCCCUCAGGACCCUCGCUUCCAGCAUCUCACCCCAGCAACAUGCAUCACCACAACAACCAAACCUCCCAGGAAGAGCCCCACCCCGUCUCCUGAGCGAAGCCCUCCUCCCUCCCCCUUCCAGUGCCCAUCCCCUGAGCCCAGCCCUCCUCGCUCCCCCUCCCAGUGCCCAUCACCCGACCCCAGCCCUCCGCCUUCACCCUCCCAGUGCCCGUCUCCAGAGCCCAGUCCGCCCCCCUCCCCGUCUCAGUGCCCGUCCCCUGAGCCGAGCCCUCCUCCCUCUCCCUCCCAAUGCCCGUCUCCACAGCCCAGCCCUCCCCCUUCUCCUUCCCAAUGCCCAUCUCUUCGGGUUGGCGGCCCCCCCUCCUCCUCACGGUGCCAGCCCGAGGAGCCUAACAAGCUCAGACCGUUUAACAAGGAUCACAGUGGUGCUAACAAGGAGCAGUUAACCCGCACAGCCUCCAGGGAGGUUGCAGGAGUGUCCACAGACAGAGAAGAGAAACCUCAGGGGGCAGAAAAGAAGAAAGAAGAGCCGCCAGUUUCUGCAUCCAUUCAGCCGUCUGUCCCUCCAGCUGUAGAGAGGAGGACGAGCUCCUCACCACCACCCACUGAGCGAGGGAAGAAAGAUGCAAAGGGGGAAGCGGCUGAUGUGAAGGAGGUACAGGCAGAACCUUUAGAAGAGGAAAGAGAAACUCACUCAUUUGAGAAAGUGCAAAAACAACGGGAAGAGGAGGCCAACAAGGGAAAGAGAGCCGAGGAGGAGGUGGAGGAGGGGGAGUUGGUGGAAAUGAUGCUUGUGGAAUCAAGUGAUAAUGAGAAAAAAGGAGAGGUGAAGGAACUUGGAGGUGGCUCUUUGUUUUCUUUGCCUGUCUCCUUACCUCCCUCUGGUCUCGACAGCAUUGUAGACAAACGUCUGGCAGACUUCUCUUCUAAGAUGGAGCUCCUCUUGCAAGAGGAGAGCAUCCAUUACAGCUUCCCACAGUCCCCCCACUCCACCUCCAACACAGAAACCACUGCACCCAAGCACACACUCCCACAGGCCCUCAUAUCUCAGUUUUCACAGUAUGUGUCUUUCUACAACCCCUGCCCCCCGGUCCAGGACUACGUUAGCUCACUACAGGACCGCAUUAACAGCAUGCUGAUAGAGUUUGAUGACAGCUGUCUGAGCCAUAAGCCCAGCACCAGCCGGCCUGAUGCUGAUGCCAUGUUGGCGAGCAAAGUUAGUGAUUUUGUGUCUAGCAUUCGAGCAGCUAAUACUACCAGAGACGAUGAUGGUUCCGGUUGUGAACUUACAGCUGCUGAUGUCAAUGGUUCACUCAGUCAAAACCCUGCACUCUCCAGAGGAGUUGAAGUGUUUCUGCCACAUCCAACCACCAGUCAGAUUUCUGAUACUGCAAACAACAGGAUCCCCGCACCGUCUCAUGUCACUUUAUCUGUUCCUACCUCUGUGUCUGGUUCUGUCUACAACACUUCCGUCCUCAUCCUUCCUUCUACCAGCUCCCCACAGUCCCACUGGGAUCCACUGUCAAGUCACUCUUCAGAGAUCAGUAGAACAGUCGCUCAUGACAUCAGACAAACACAAGACAACAGCAUUACCAGGACUGUACAUUUUACCCCUGGUGUAGAAGGUGGGAGUGUUCUUGGGGGUAAAGACUGUGAGGUGACUUUGUCCGGGUUCGGCGGCGUCUCUAAGCCCUUGAUAGAACUGUCACACUCCUCUGAGUCAGUCUCGAAUCUGGCUCCUGUGUCUGUGCCCGGGUCUGCCACAGGCCCCGCUCCCCCAGCAGCUGCUCUGAGCUCCCUGAUCAGCCAGCUGCAGCCAGAGGUGUUCAACAGCCUGGUGAAAAUCAUCAAAGACGUCAAGAGAAACUCCCUGCAGUUCUACCUCCACAGCACUGAGCCAGGGGACCAGGUCCACGAAGAUGUCAAGGAAUACCUGUUGAAGCAGGGUAACUCGGAGCAGAGUCCUGUGGCCUUUCUGAACCAAGAAAACUGUAACAACAAACUGCUGGUCAUCAUUAAGAACAAAGACAUAGCUGGACACAUACACAAGAUCCCUGGUCUGGUGUCUCUGAAGCGACAGGCCUCUGUGGUGUUUUUGGGAAUCGAUACACUGGACGACAUCAGGAACAACAGCUACAAUGAGCUUUUUGUCUCUGGAGGCUGCAUCAUUUCAGACGAUUUAGUCCUCAAUCCAGACUUCAUCACUCCCGAUCGACUGGCUGCACUGCUGAUGUUGCUGGAGCAGCAUAGUUCAGUUCCAGAUAGUGUCUGGAGGUGGAAAGUUCACUGCAAAACCCAUAAGAAAUUAAAGGAACAAGCCAGGUUCAGGAGAGAUGCAGCCAACCUGCUGGAGGUGCUGUCAACCUAUCAGAAGCGACAGAUUGUCGAGUUCCUCCCAUAUCAUGACUGUGACAUGAGCCAUCAGUCACCUGACCUGAACUGUCUGAUGGAGCUCCAGGCCCGAUACACGCAGUACCGGCACACAAUCUUCCUGACCGAGCAUAAUUUUGAGAUGUUCCCUGCCUACUCCAACGGCAUCAUCGUGGCCACUAGUGAAGAAAUUCUGCACAACUUCACCAGGCUGGUUGGUUGCCAUGACAUCAAGGACAGGCAGCCAAUCACAGGUGACAUGCUGGCUCCCAAAGGUCUCGGGCGGCAGCUGAGUCAUAGUGACUCUGUGUCAGGCUCUGAACGCUCUCCUUCUAUCUUCCCAGACCACAUCCAUCCUCUCUCCUCCCAUGACCAGCCCCAACAUCUUCUCCAGCAGUCCGGCUCCAUCCUCCCCACUCUCCCCCAUCUGUCUGACCAGCUCGUCCCGGACGCCUCCUGUAAGGAAGGUGUCAUGCCCCACUCAGACUCAGACUUGGAGGUUCUCCGACUGGCCAUCACACAGUUACGGGCUGAGCGUCAGGCACAGCUGCAGCAGCAGUUGGACUCUCAGGCGGAGUUGAGCAUCAACUCCUUCCAAAGCUUCGUCCCCAAUCUCGUUCCUACAGGAGGCAGUCAAACCACCAGCACCCCUCUUUUAGCUCAAGGAGGUCCAGCCAAGUCGGUGGAGGUCCCUCGUGACAGGAAAGCAGUGGCAGCCACUCUGGAUUUAAUCCACUCAAGGUUACAGCAGGAGCCAGUGGAGGAGAGGAGGGAGGGCAGAGCAGAGACUCCCACAGGUGGAUGGAGGAGUGGAGAAAGUCAAGGAGGAGGAGGAGGAGGAGGAGGAGAGGCUGGAGAUCAGAGAGCUGGUACUCCAGUAAGAGUGGAGGGGUUACUGGGAGAAAAGCGGGGUCCAAGUAAAAGUCACACAUCCACCCCUUUGCCUAAUCAAAGCACAGCUGCAAUGACAGGACCGAGUACCCAGACAGACUCAACCAGUAACGGGAGAGAGAACGCAGACCAACAAGAAGAACCUUUACUUCCCAGAGUAGCUGCACAUGCUGCAGCCUCCUGCAGUACCACCGUUUGUCCUGCAGAGAGUGACAGAUUGGGAGACACACACUCAGGCCAGGAGAAGCCAAUAAGAGAGGGAGCACCACCUGACAACAGCACUACUAGUGGCACAAAGAUCCAGCAGCCCCAACAGCACCUGCAGCAACUGAACAACCAGCAGCUCCGGCCAAGUCUGUCCCACCUACAACCACCACCUCACAGCCUGCAGCAGCAGCGGGGCGUUGGCCUCCUGCAGUCCCCACACAUGCCUCGAUUCCCCAGCCAGCCUUUCUCCCACAGCUCCAUGCUGGCGCCACUGACUACCCUGGGAAGUGGCCUCCUGGGGUCCACACCUGUCUGGCCUGGGGGUCUGGGCCCCGCAGGUGCUGCUGCCCUGGUGUGGGGCUUCCGACAGGCCGGAAGGGACGUCACUGGUCCUAGCCUGCUGGGGGGGUACCACAACCCUGCAGGUCAAGGCAGCAGCAGGUACAGAGGGGGGCAAAGGUGAGGAGGCUUUAAUGGGAUGUCGAGAGCCGGCUUAACUUCACCAGCUGAUUAAUCCAAGUAACGUUCCUGCUCUUCAUGUAGCAGGUUUUAGGAAACCAAACACUUCCACUCUACGACCCAGAGAAUGGGAGGCUGAAACACGCACAUCCGUAAUACUAACAGGUGCUAAACUGAUAAAAGAAGGAAACCACACUCUGCAUGCAGCUCACAGGGUUAUCGUCAUAAAAUCAGGGGAAUGUCUCAGCCUGAUCCAGAACUGUCAAAUUACUGUCUCCAAGAAUUUUAGCCACUGCUUACAGGAAGAAUGUUGAAAAUACAAACUCAUCUCUCUUUCUGGGGCACUUAAUCAUUUAUUUGAUAGUGACAGUAGAGACGCAGACAGAAAAUGCUGGCAGAGACUUCUGCAAAAAACGGUCCCUGACUGGAAACCAAUCAGCGACACUGCUCUUAAGUGGCGUUCGUCUCAACCACAGAUGCUCCCUUAGUGACAGUGGGUUGGAAAAGAAUUGAUGUCAGGCAGGUGUAGCGUUGCAAAAAUCAUGAUUUACUUGGACAGGGAGAGGUUCUUUUAAAGUCAGUAUAAAUGACGUAAAAUCAAAGAUCGGUCUUUUGCUGCAUUGUGGAAGCUUUAUAAAUACUGGAUAUGGUUAAACCCACCUUCAUAGAUUCUUUUCCACCUUAAAAGUCCUUGUCACUGGUUUGUAUUGAGGCUUUAUUUCAUAAAUUCAAACCACCAGUUCUCCCCUGCAGGGUUGUGGAAGCCAUAAAUUAACCUGUUAUCAGAAAACGAGAAAUUUAGCAUUGUUAUUUUGAGAUAACAAAAUAAUUCACUUGUGAGCACGGCUGUUCUCGGCUUCUGUAAUUAUGAAAAUAAUUGCCAAUUUAUUUUCUGUUGAUUGACAGAAAUUGAGUAAUCAUUGCAGCUCCAGUGAAAUCAUUUUACAUGCGACACCAUAGAGAGCAAAGACAUCCAGAUUGAACGGAGCAAAACAUCAACCAGGCUACACGAGUUGUGUUUGAAUUAUUUCGAUUGAGAUUCUCUAAAAGGUGAUAGUCCUGGUUUGUAUUGACUUUAGUGGAAGAGACCAUUCUUAGUUCUAGUAUGUAUUUUUGUUACUCAGCAUCCACCUGACAUCACCUUCUCGGCCCUUUAAAGUCACUGAGGGCGGGAUCGGUCACUAAAAAGUCACUAUUUACCAAUCUGUGAAUUUCUGUUUUCUUCCUGAAACAAAUUUUAUGUUCCCUGUCCACAUUAUUCAUCGGAAACCACACGCUGAAACACUCUUAAGAAGCUCUGUAGAUGAUGCCCCUCAAAAAUAUAAGUAUCACUGAUUAAAGCCCAGUGAACAAUAACUCUUGUGUAGUGUGCAGAGUGUGGCCUGCUUACACAGCAGAAAUGCGCUGCUGUAAAAUAUUAGAGUAGUGGAAACGUUUACUAUCUACUGUAAUCAUGACCUGUUAGUACUAAAGAAGUCAGAAAAACACUAGUAAUAAACCACUAAAGGGAAAAAAACACUAAUGUAAAAACCCCUUUGAACAUGUGUACAGCAGAUUUUAAAAAAGGAAAAGUUUCUCUGCCAUGUUUUCAGAAGUUUAAUUUAAUCUCUCUCAGAACAGACCUGUCAUGUACAUAGAUAUAUUUCUGGAGGUGCUUUUCAACUCAGAGAGAUCAUCCUCUAACCUAACAAAUAGUCUCAGGUUUAAACAGCUUUGAGUCAAUAUUUACCUGUUUUGUUCCUGUGCGCAGCUCUGAGUAAGAGCUGGACUAAAAUAUAAAAAGCCUCUGAUUGGAUCCCAGUUCCCGGCUUUCUUGAACGCACCACCAGCUCGACGGUUUUGACAGUUUUCUGUCAACAGUCUAAUACUCCAACAACUCCACACAUUUGUUUCUUAAAAGGAGCCAUUAAGGAUUUUUUCUAUACCAUGUUUUUCUACAGUAGCUGCUUAUUUGUUCUCUUUGCAUCAUGGGAGAAACCAUUGUUGAAGUGGACACUAAGACUUUUAAAGAACUUUAAAAAACCGAGAUGGACAGACUGCCUUACACGUCUUCCAGUGGACUCUUUGUCUUGUAAAAAAAAAAACAACACAGUUUUUUGUACUGAAUGUUUGGUUUGUUACCCUGAGAGCUGUUUGUGUUUAGUUGCUGUUGUACAGUAGGAAGUGACUCUGUAACAAACUCAUUUUAACUUAAAAGUCAUUUUUUAUGUUUUUUUUUUGUUUUGUUUUGUUUUUUACAUCAGAAGUUUUUUGUAUUAAAAGUCUCCUGUGUAAACCAGA